AUGUCUGAUGUAGAAGCAAAUCAAUCUAACCGUAACUCAAGCUUAGUGCCUCUUAAUCUAGAAGUUUUCGUGACACAUGACGAAUUGAUAGAAAGAGUUUCUCAAGAAAUUCAUUCUCCAUGGAAGUGGAUACCAGUUUUGACGUACUUAGCCUCCGCGCUAACUGGAUACGCAACAUCUAUUUUAUUUUAUUUAUUUUGGGAAGAUAUUUUUGGAGGCAAUUGUCCAUUGUGGGCUACAGUAGAACCUCCAGUACACGUGAGGAGCAUGAGAAGCAUGGAUGGCUCAAUUAUAAAUGACAAUAAUAAUAAUAAUAAUAAUAAUAAUAAUAAUGAAGAUAUAAUUACUGACUGGAGUAUUUUCAUUUCGUUUGUCUGUGCUCGUGUUCUUUCGGAAUUAUCUGCUACUUAUGAUUAUUAUCAAGGAUUCAAAAGUUUUACAGCAAAUUUAAAAUUAGUCUCUGCCAAGUAUAUGAAUGUCACGGAAAUGGCUAAAUAUCCCCUUGAUUGUGAAUUAGCAAUUCAUUAUUUAGAAAUAUUUAACUUCAAUACAUCUCACAAUUUAUGUAAAAUUCAAGAGCUUCUUCAGCUUAUAAUGUCUGGAAUGGUUUGGAGUUGGAUCAGCGGCUUGGCGUUCCUCAUAUUUCGCAUCAUCAUUGUCAACGACUUCAGACUAUUAAGAACAGUCGCCUACAGAGUGCCUAAAAAUUCAAUUUUAAUUCAAGACGACCGAAAUCUUGAAAAAAUAAAGCCUGACCCACCAAGAAGAAAAAGAAAGAAGCAAUCCAAAAAAUUGACCUUCUUAUUAGCUCAAACAUAA